AUGGGCUCUGUUCAAACACCACCAAGGAAAAAGGUCCACCUCAACUUCUUCGAGACAGCGUGCAAGGGAAACCAUGAGUGUGCCGGACAAUGGGCUCGACCGGGCGACAAUACAUACUCGAAAGACACCUUGGACUACUACAUCAACAUAGCCAAGCUGGCCGAAAAGGCCAAGAUCACCUCCAUCUUCUUUGCCGACUCGUACGCUGCUCAUGACAUCUACGCCGGGUCUCCAGACGCCGUGUUUCGCGCGGGCACACAGGUUGCCAAACUGGACCCGAUGGUCAUCAUUUCAGCCAUGGCGGCCGUGACAACUUCGGUUUCUUUCGGCGUGACCGGCAGUACCAGCUACCUCCCGCCAUUCUCGCUCGCUCGCACGAUGAGCACUCUCGACCAUCUAACCAAGGGUCGCAUCGCAUGGAAUGUGGUGACCAGCUGGUCGCUGGGGGCGGCCGAGGCCUUCGGCAAGCAGCUUCUGCCUCACGACGAGCGAUACGAGGUCGCCGACGAGUAUAUGGACCUUGUCUACCGGCUGUGGAACGGCUCUUGGGCCGACGAUUCGGUCAAGUGGGACACGGUCAAUCGCAUUGCCUACGACCCAACGAGGAUCGUCAAGAUUGACUUUGAAGGCAAACAUAUCAAGAUGAAGGGUCGCCAUCAAUUGCAUCCUUCUCCUCAGCGGACUCCUGUCAUCUUCCAAGCUGGAACCUCCAAGGUCGGCCAGGCCUUUGCUGCAAGACACGCAGAGGCCGUCUACAUUGGUGGACUCGUGCCCUCUCAGGCAUCCUACCAGAUCAAGGCGUCUCGCGAUAUUGCCCGCGCCGCCGGCCGUGACCCUUACACCAUCAAAUUCUUUGCCGCGAUCAAUCCGAUCAUCGGCCGUACCGUGGAAGAAGCACAGGCCAAAUUUGACGAGGCUAUGAAAUAUGCCGACAUCGAGGGCGCUCUCGCCCAGUUCUCCGGCUACACGGGCAUCGACCUGAGCAAAUACCCAAUGGACGAGGAAUUCAAGCUCGACAUGUCCAACCCCAAGGAAAACAUCGUGCAGGGCUUCUUUGGCAAUUUUGCCGAUAGUCAAAAGGCCGGAGACGUCUGGACUCCUAGAAGGCUGGGCGAGAAGAUCGCCAUAGGAGGCUUCCAUCCCACCCCGGUUGGGACCCCGGCAAUGGUGGCCGAUGUCAUGGAGCAGUGGAUCGACGAGGCCGACGUCGAUGGGUUCAACAUGGCCUACAUCAGCAACCCCAGUUCUUUCGAAGACAUCGUGGAGCUGCUCAUACCGGAGUUGAGAAGAAGAGGUCUCAUCUUCGACGACUACGCUGUGCCUGGAGGCACCUUUAGGGAAAAUCUUCUGAGAGAACCGGGCCAGAAGACCUUGCGCUCUGACCACUACGGAAGCCAGUUCAAGUUCGAAGGCGAUUUCCCGUACGUAGAGCCAGUUAAGGCUUAG